CCGAGUUCAGUGUCCGCUCGUCGGCCAUGUCCGAUACGAGCGAAGCGCCCUCGCUGGCCAGUCACGUACGCCGGGUACGGGUACCAUCGCAAGCCUCCGAUGUCGAUCAGUUCCUCGAUGAUCUGUUCAGCCCGGUGCUGGAUGGUUCGCUCGAUGAACUUUCCGAUGCCCGCUCACUGGCGGCCAGUAUCCGGGGUUCGACCGUACGUAGCUGCGACCAGUUUGUCGGUGAACUGUUGGCCUCCGUUCGGACGGAUGGUUCGCUGACGGAUCUGGAGUGUGGUGAUGUCGUCGCGAGUGCCACCAGAGGUGGAACAACUCAUCAGGCGAAAAAUGCGGGACCCUCCAACGGAACACCACUGACGCCGGGGGGUAACUCGAGCGGUUCCUCGUCUUCGCUGCUGAUGAUGGGUUCGGUCAGUCCGGAUGUGGUGAUGCCCGUGUUUACCAUACCGCCCGGUGUCGAUAGUACCGCUUAUCAGCAGCAGAUGCAGCGUGCCUUCCUUCAGUCCGCCAUGGCACAGAACAUACAGAUCCAGCAGCAGCUGAUGGCCCAAAACCAGGCCCUCCAGACGCUGCUAACACAGCAGGAAGGAGGAGGAGGAGGCGUUACUAACGGUGCCACUGGAGCUGCUGGUGGUUCAUCUUCCCCGACCGGAGUAUCACCGAAGCACAACAGUUCCGCAUCACCAUCGACGGCAUCGAUGAACGUUACGCCGAAUCGUAAAAUAAGCGCAAAGGGCGGUCCGAUACGAUCCGAUUCCGGAACCGUUACCGCCGUUCUCGCUCAAUCCUCUUCCUCCUCGUCGUUCUCCGAGAUGCUGCGCAAUCGUAAGGAUUCUUCCUCCUCGAAUCUAAUACCACCGCCACCACCGCCACCGCUACCACCACCGCUCGAGCUGAAGGAUCCUUUCGAGGUGCGUCCCUUCCUCGAUCCUUACGGGCGCGCCAAAACCGUGCGCAUCGGUAAAUGGCGUUGGCCACCACCGCAAGGUGUAACGGCGACAACCGAAACCGAGGAAACGUUUAUCCAGUUCAAGAUGACGCGCCAGAGCAAUCGGAAGACAACGCCACAGUCGCAGCACAGCGGCAGCGGAAAUCUCGAUUCACCACCGAUCGGUUCCCCCACGAAUGGUGGCGGGGUCGAGUGGGAAGAGUUCGAGAUCGAUCAGAAGCUGCAACAGGAGCAGGGUUCGGGGGCUGGCGGCGACGGAGCUAAGGGAGGUGCUGCACGAUUGGCGAAGCGUAGUUUCGACAUCGGAGCCGAUCGGCCACCACCGAACAGUGUCGGUAAGCUGAAGCUCAGCAACGAGAUGCGCCAACGGCUCGAACAGGUAACGGCCGGCCAUUCGGUGCGCUCGUCCAGUGCCAAAUCGGAUCGACCCGAACGUACACCGGCCAAGCUGGAGGAUACGCGCCGGAUGAUGCUAGAGCAGCAGCUCGGUGGAUUGAAUGCACCCGGUGGUGCUGCGGGCACCAAGUCACCGAGCGCGAUGGUUGAUUCGCCCUCGGUCAAAACCCAGGUACAGCGUAUGGAAGCGAGCAAAAAAAUCAGCGCACCAGCCACAGCGUGGCCAACGGUUCUACCACCGGCACCUCCUGGUCCGGCACCACCACCACCAAUCCGGCCACCGAACACUACACCACCGGCACCACCGCCACCGAUCCAUGGGCUUAUCUCUGGCCAGGCGCACCACCAUAUGCAUCACGCCCAAUCGGAGAUACCAUCGUUCGUGCAGCGCCAGGAACGUGAUACGUUCGGGGCGAAGGAUAGUUUCAUGGAUUCCUGGGGACGUGCCGAGGCCGCCAAGCUGGAUUUGGUGUACGAAACGAGCUUCAAGAAAGAGAUGAUUAUCGAACGAGAACGCUCACGAUCACGGUCGCGUUCGCGCGAUCGCGAGAACUUUUCCGAAUCCGUGUGGGAUCGGUCGGAGGUCGAGGGACCCUCGUCGACCUCGAGCGAUCCGCGGGAACAUCGCGAUCGUGACAAGGAGCGUGAGGCACGCGAUCGCAACUACGAGCUGACGCAGCUGCAGCGUGAAAAGGAAAGCAACAAAGUGUUCCAUCCAAGCUCGAACAAACAGCACCAACAGCAGCAGCAGCAACAUCAGAUACAACAGCAACAGCAUCACCAGUACCAGCAGCAGCACCAGCAGCAACAGAAACACUACAUGGCCAACGCAACGCAAAACCAAUCGAACUCGAUCGCCACCUUCAAGACGCACAUGGUGCAGAAGAGUGUACAGGAGCGGGAGCGCAAAACAUCGGCGGCCACUACCAACGGGUCCGUCUACAGUGACAAGAUGGAUGACGGUAGCCUAGCGGAUCCACCGGCCCCGGUACUGCCACAGAUGCAGCAGAAUCCAUCGCUGAAAGCACCGGCCGCCGCCUGCCUGACGUACAACCGGGUCAGCUGGACACUGCGCGUACGGAAGGAAGUGUUCCGACCGAGCGAAACGGUAACCGCACCGGCCGCACUCGAUCUGCUGUUUAACCAAAU